AUGGGGACGGGCGUAGUGCGGCGGAAGCCCACACCCUCUGCCCUUCGAAAGAAAAAGGCGCAUCAGCGCAUUCGAAAGCAGCUGCGGCGCAAACAGGAGAAGAAACGGCCAAAUUGGAAGGCCGCCAUAGCGAAGGCGUACGCUGACUCCAACAGUGACGGGAAUAAAAAGGGGCCCUUUGGGAAAAAUAAACGGAAGCGAUCACGCAACGAAGACGGCGACGGCGAUGCCGCUGUGGGCACCGACGAGGGGGGUGAGGUGCAGAGUGAUGUCGAUGAGGAGAAGCAGGAUCGCCUGAACCAGCGAGACCCGCUUGAGACGCAGCUGUUUCUCAAGCGGCUGCCGUUAGACACCACCGAUGAGGAGCUGUUGAAGUUUUUUGUGUCCCGCUUUGGGCAGGUGCGCCGUGUGCUGCUUGUGCGCAACAUGGCGACCAAGACCCUGGCAGGAACGGGGUUUGUCCACUGCGGCUCCGUCGAGUUGGCCGACAAGAUCUUUGAGCACGCACAGCAGAAUGCCCGUGAAAUUGCCGCCGUCGACCGUGCGGACUGGAAGGAGAAGACGACGGACCUCUCGCACUGCCAGGCGAAGCGCAUGCGAUUCAAACUUCGCACCGACGCGUUUGUGUCACACGAUCCAUUUUUGACACUCCGGGAUACACGCUUCACGGUGCACCGCGUGCUGUCAAGAAGCGACUCGCAUGAGGCCUCCGCAGCGCUGCAGAAAAAGCAAAAACGGACAAAAGUGGCUGCCGAUGAUCCACGCCACUUGUACCUGCUGCGUGAGGGACUUAUUCUUCCCGACACUCCCGCUGCGCGUGGCCUGCAUCCACAGUACCUUGCCAUGAUUCAACAGGACUACGAGGCCCGCAAGAAUCAGCUACGCAACAGCAAUAUGUUUGUCAGUACAACCCGCCUGAAUGUGCGCAAUCUGCCACGUACGAUGUCCGAGAAGGAGUUUCGGGCCAUGUUUGUCACCCAAGUGCGCUCCUUCCUGAAGGCGAACAAGCAGUUCAUUGACAAGGAAAAGUGGGGGAAGUACGGUCCGAUCAAAAACAUUAAGUUGGUGAGGGACUCUGCGGGUACCUCAAAGGGGUACGCCUUCAUUGAGUUUGUCAACCACCCAAUAGCCCUGCACGCCCUACGCACGAUUAACAACAACCCCACUCUCUUUGGGGACGGCCGACGCCUGAUGGUUUCCUUUGCGAUUGAGGACAUCAAUGCCAUUCAAAAACUCCAGCGCAUGCGGGAGAUUCGUCGUCAGCGUCAAACCCCGUGUGGGGAAGUGAGCCAAAACUGA